GCGUUCCCGGUGCUCGUGGGCGACAUGGACAACAGCGGCAGCCUCAACGCGCAGGUCGUGCAGCAGCUGGGCGCCCGCCUGCGCUCCAAGGUGGCCUUCCAGACCCAGCAGGCCAAGUUCGUCAACUGGCAGGUGGACGGCGAGUACCGCGGCGGGGACUUCACGGCGGCCGUCACGCUGGGCAACCCCGACCUGCUGGCCGGCUCCGGCAUCGUGGUGGCGCACUACCUGCAGAGCGUGACGGCGGCGCUGGCGCUGGGCGGCGAGCUCGUCUACCACCGGCGCCCGGGCGAGGAGGGCACCGUGCUGUCGCUGGCGGGGCGCUACACGGGCUCCAACUGGGUGGGCACCGUCACCGCCGGCCAGGCGGGCGCCCACGUCACCUACUACCACCGGGCCAACGAGCAGCUGCAGCUGGGGGUGGAGCUGGAGGCCGUGGGGUCCCUAUGGGUGUCCCUGUGGGUGUCCCUCAACUGGGUGGUGGGCGCCGUGCUGGAGAAGAAGCUGCCGCCGCUGCCGCUCACGUUGGCCAUGGGCGCCUUCCUCAACCACCGCAAGAACAAGUUCCAGUGCGGCUUCGGCCUCACCAUCGGCUAG